AUGGCUGUUUCGGACAGCCCGGCAGUCCAGCUGGACAAGUGGUUGGAAGAAGAGGCAGCAGCGAUGGGGUCAGCUGUCCGAGGUACAACUGGUGAGAACCAGGCAGAGCCAGUGCUGCAAGCAGGCACUGCCAGGCUUGACCCCUUUGCCGCCUUUGCCUGCCUUUCCCGAACCAUUGCCAUUGAACCAAGUUGGAGCCAGUUUCAGAGCGACCUCCACGAGGUCGAAAGGUUGCUUCGCAACGUUAUGGCGCGGGAAGCUUUUCGUGGCCAUUGCUUGCCAGAUGACAGAAGAGUGCUUGACUUGGAAGAGAACCUCCGUAUGUUCUGGGACAAGAACAAGUUCGUGCAGAACACACAGGGGAGGGAUAGCGACCAGGGUUUCUCGUUAGUGAUCGGUGUUCAGAAUUCAAUUGGUGUUCUCCGGAGCUCCAGUUUCUGGGGCUUGGUCAAAGUGACAGCGGAUCUUGGCUACUUGGCGGAGUUCCCAGGCCGUUGGUCUGAAGGAUGCAAAUGCUGUUCGGCACACCGUCUCGUGUAUGCUAGCUCUUCUCGCAGAGAGCGGCUCUUGCUGCCUACGCCGCCAGACUGCAUCUACCGUGGGUGCCGCUCAGCUGAGCUCGCAAGUGGUGAGUUCUGGGAAGCAAUGGAGAAUGUUGCCCGAGUGAUGGAGCCCAGACUGCUCUCGUACAUGCAUGAGUUCGAGGGAAGUGGGGGCAUGUCAACCAUCGUGGCCAAAGAUUGGCAGAGAAGCAUCGCUUAUAUCAUGAUGGGUGUUGAGCGGUUGGCUGCUGGCAAAGCAAUUGUCUCGCGCUUGCUUGACGAAGAGGAACCUGAUUCUGCGACAGCGUCCUUUGUGCACCGUGUGGCGGCACUGGGGCGGGUCAGUACUGUGGAAAGGAACAUGCUAGGCAUGCGCUCCGACGCCUGGCAUGACAAAUCUGUUUCGGAGGUGUUGGCUCUUGUCUACAGAGAUGACGUGCGCGUCAAGCACGCCAGCAAAGCUCGGCUGAAGGACGAGCUUUCUUCGAACACGCAGCUGCUGCAUGAUCCUGCAGGCCGUGUGGAACGUGUGGCGAUACAACUCCUGAACGAGAGCGAGACGUGCCAAGGGAAGUCUGCUUCGCAAACAGUGUUUGGCAUUGCGUGGCUGAAGAAGAUGAACAAGCGGUCGGAAGACGACCUGUCUGCCGCUGCAUUGCUCCGGGCGGUGUCCGACAUUGAGGUUUGGCGUGCAGAACCUCAGAUGCAAUAUAUCCUGCUCGACAAGGGCAAGAAGCUGAUGGCAGCGGAGGGGUGUGUGCUCCCUGGUUGCAAGUUACAGACACACAUGGUUGCUCGUUGCGAGUCCUACGGUACUGCGCUUUGCCACCCUUGA